CGCCGGGCAGCCGCCGCCGCGCCCCCCUCGCCCGCCGCGGCGCCGCGCGGCCGGGCAGCGCACCCAGGCCGAGCCGGCCUGCCGGGGCCCCCGGCCCGCCCGGGCGCAGCAUGCCCGGCGUGAAGCUGACCACCCAGGCCUACUGCAAGAUGGUGCUGCACGGCGCCAAGUACCCGCACUGCGCCGUCAACGGGCUGCUGGUGGCCGAGAGGCAGAAGCCGCGCAAGGAGCACCUGCCCCUGGGCGGCCCGGGCGCGCACCCCACGCUCUUCGUGGACUGCAUCCCGCUCUUCCACGGCACGCUGGCCCUCGCGCCCAUGCUGGAGGUGGCGCUCACCCUGAUUGACUCAUGGUGCAAAGACAAUAGCUACGUGAUUGCUGGCUAUUAUCAAGCUAAUGAACGAGUCAAGGAUGCCAGCCCAAACCAGGUUGCAGAAAAGGUGGCUUCCAGGAUCGCCGAGGGCUUCAGUGACACGGCGCUUAUCAUGGUAGACAACACCAAGUUCACGAUGGACUGCGUAGUGCCCACCAUCCAUGUGUACGAGCACCAUGAAAACAAGUGGCGGUGCAGAGACCCACACUAUGAUUACUGUGAAGACUGGCCAGAGGCCCAGAGGAUCUCAGCGUCUCUCCUGGACAGCCGGUCCUACGAGACCCUCGUGGACUUCGAUAACCACCUGGAUGACAUUCGCAAUGACUGGACAAACCCAGAGAUCAAUAAGGCGGUUCUGCACCUGUGUUAGGGCGGGUGGCGUGCUGGCCUCCGGGCAUUCCACUGCGAUGAAGAAGAAAAGCUAUUUUUAAGUGUAAAUUAAAUCUCUCAUAGCCUGUGUGGAGAGCUGCCAGUUUUCAGAAGUGGUGUGUGCCUUGACAGAGGGCCGCGUGUCCCGUCGCUGGCCCUUCUGCAUCUCCAGGAGAGGCCCGGCCGGCUCUGUGGAGCCCCUCCCAGUUGUACGUGGCUGUGAUCCUGCAAAUGAACGCGGUUGCUGCUUGUCCGAGAUUGUUCCUAUUAAACAGUUUUAACUAACCUUUUAUAAUCUGGAGAGAAUACU